CGGCCGGCACCAUGCUUUGUGGUGGUACUCCAACGAUAUCGACACCGUUCAAUCACUUGAAUAUCUCAGCGCAUCCAACAAAUUCCAUUUCAACUGCUCAAUCUCAUGCCUACUCUCACACUCACCACGCAAUGACAGCCACUCUACAGAACGCUCAUCGCAUGGGAAUGUCAUUCGGUAUUCACAGUCUGCUCGGUUUAACUGGUGCAAAUGCUGCUGCUGCUGCUUCAUCGGCAUCGUGCUCCAUUCCUCGAUUCGAUGCAAUCACAAUGCAAUCAUCAAAUCCUUCCUCUUAUAUCUGUGCUGCUCCUAAUGGCGCAGUACCACAGUAUUGUCAUCAAGCAGCACUAUUCCAACCCUCAAAUACGUCACCGUUAUUCUCAACAAUGGAUACUGCAACAAUGCCACCACAAGCCAUGGUCACCAGUUUUGAACGUAUACCAUCAAACUAUCACGAAACACUCAACUGUCAAGGUAUGACACGACUCGAUUAUGCGGGAUUUACGAACGGCGCGACGUUAAUGGGAUCAACGAUGAGUGAAGGUUCAUCGACGGCACAUACAAUCAACCCGUCGUCGAAAAGUAUAAACAAUUCGAAUAAACGAAAAAAACGUCGACAUCGAACAAUCUUCACACAGUUUCAAAUCGAUGAACUCGAAAAAGCAUUUCAGGAGGCACACUAUCCGGAUAUGUACGCUCGUGAGGUGUUGGCUUUAAAAACCGAACUUGCCGAGGACCGAAUACAGGUAUGGUUUCAAAAUCGACGUGCAAAAUGGAGGAAAACCGAAAAGACAUGGGGAAAGAGUACAAUUAUGGCCGAAUAUGGGCUGUACGGUGCAAUGGUACGACAUUCGUUGCCUUUACCCGAAACAAUCACCAAAUCAUCCGAUAACCCAACUGAAUCUGCUGCACCUUGGCUUCUGGGUGAGUGUUCUGUUCCUUGCAAAUGA